ACGUUAUAAAAAAAUUUCCCAAAAUACACAUGUUUGGGCAUCACCGCUGUUGUCAACCGCAGUGAAUGCAUUCACCGCGGCAGACCAAAGCGGUGAAUGCAUCACCGCGGUUGGCGGCCGCGGUGAAUGCCUGACGUAACACUGAAACUUCAAACAAACGUAACUUUGCGUUUGGUUAUCUGAAAGAAGACUUUAUCCCCAAAAAAAAUCAUUUGCUACCCCGAACGAGCAAAUUUUCGAUUUUGACAAACUUUGGAAAAUCAUAACUCUGUGCUCCACAAUCCGAAUGUCAUGAAACUUUUUUUGAUUUUGCAUAACUUUUGAAGUACUACAACUUUGAUUAUAACCAUAAUUUUGGAAAGUAUGUGGAUUUGUGAAAAGUAAAGGCAAAGUUAUUCCAAAAAUCCCGUAUACCCAAAAAUACUUCUUUUUUAAAAAAUUAUUUCCUAGUCAAAGUUGUAGUUCUUAAAAAGUUACGCGCAAUCAAAAAAACUUUACGACGUUCGGAUUGAGGAGCUAAAAGUUAUGUCCUUCCAAAGUUUGAAAAAAUCGAAAAAUUGCUCGUUCGGGGUAACAAACGACAUUUUUUUUUAGAUGAAGUCUUCUUGCAGAUUGAAAGAUUUUGAAAAGUUAUAUGGAAUCAAAAAAAAAUUCGCUACAAUCGGAUAACCGAGCGUAAAGUUACAUUUGUUUGAAGUUUCAGUGUUAAGUCGAGCAUUCACCGCGGCCGUCAACCGCGGUGAUGCAUUCACCGCUUUGGUCUGUCGCGGUGAAUGCUUUCACUGCGGUUGACAACAGCGGUGAUGCCCAAACAUGUGUAUUUUGGGAAUUUUUUUUUAUAACGUGUGUAUUUUGAGAAUUUCUUUUAAAAACAUGUGUAUUUUUGGAAUUCGUCCGACUGCUGGAGAGGGACAACAACCCUUCCCCUAUAAGUUGGAUUUCCUUUGCUGGAAUAUGGUUGAAUCCCCCUUCAACCUUCACGGCGUCUUCUACGAGCGUUGCACCUCUCCUGCUGAUGAUACCUAUGAGCUCAGGAUCACCACUCACCAGGCUGGUUUCGGCACCCUCGCGUCGACAAUCAGCCGGCUCAAUGAGCUCAAAGAGCUCUCCCUUCCCAACAACCAUCUCGCCGAUUUGCGGCUCUACCGGCAGUGGACGCCUCUGCCAAUUGCGGUUGUCGGUUUCUCUUUUUGCUCUCUGCCUUUUGCAACUCUUGAGAUGCUUUUCUGGUCCCUUCAGAUCUGUUCUCCUUGCUCAAUGUCCACGGAUCUUCCCAAUUGAUUCCCUCUCUCUUACUCUCCCUAACUGAGCAUUCCUUUUAGUUUUGUUGCCUUCUCUGUUUCUUUUUCCUUGGGUCCGUUAAUUGUCGGCGUCGGUGCCGCUGAUGAGCGAUGGUAGUUCUGAUCGGAAGAGUCGGCUGGCGCUUGAAUAACUACCACCUGUUGGCUGGUGUGGAGGCUUUUUCUUAUCCUUUUCCUGAAGGAUGUGUUGUAGCGGUGGAAACGACUGAGUGAGAGAGGUGCGAUUGUCGAAGGGGAGGGAUAUGAGAAAGAAGAGAGUAGAGUUUGAGUUUGGUUGUCAAGGGGGAAAUUGAGCAUUCCUUUACAGUUCUAGCAGUUCCAAUUUUUUCGAGUGGCUUCUUUUGUAAGUUUUUCUUGAGCUGGAACGGCACCGCAACUCGCUGACGCCCGUGGAGCAGGGUCUGUGGCCGGAACCGGAGCAUGGGUUCGUCGCCAAUCCCUCUCUCUACCACCGUUUUCGAAUUCCCCUCCCAUUCUUCUUCAGCCUACCGCUUCUUGAUUUAGGAAAGGGGUGUGAUAUUUGUAUUCCAACCAACGCAGGACCUGUCACCGCCGAAGAUCGCGAUCUGGGUUUCAUGGGUUUUGGGACUUUCGGAGCUCCGGCGCCACACCAAACUUUGGCGGUCGGAAUAUCAUUCGUUUCUUAUCGAAAAAGUUAAUCUGCUCACAAGGUGUUUUGUGAGUAGAUACUCACAAGGCCCAGAUUUGUCCACAUAUGCCCAGUUCUAAUCUAAGGGUGAGGAGGUCAGCUCAGCCAUGACUCAUUUAAGUGAGCUAUUUGUAGGCUUUUUUGCAUAAGCCGGCCCAGCCGAUCGAGCUGAAAAAGGUGGAUUGGGUCCACCUUUGAUUUGGGCGGGAUUGAGAGAGGGAGCCGCUGAGAUAACUCGUAUCCAGCCGAGACAAAUAAAUAUCCAAAAGUGCACGAACUAAUAUCCGUCUGAGUUGACAAAAGAGAGAGAAAAGCAUGGCCCGCCAUAUGCUACUUUUGUUGCUUUUGAUAAAUUUUCACAUGUGAGAGAUCUUGAGUAUUUAAUGCUACCCAUCAACUAUUCUCACAUGAAAUAGAGAAAUCAACCCGGAUUAAUAUUCAUAUCGUCCAAUCUAGUAUUCAUCCUUAACCAAAAUAUUAUCCAUGGGCCGAAGGAAAUUAGUUUAUAUGGUCGGAUAUUAGUCUGGGCGGUAUGGAUAUUUAUUUUCGCAUGAACUGAUAUUAUAUGCGAUGAAUAUUAGUUUGUGAAUUAAUUGUGUCUUCCAUCAAAACUAAACACACUAUCAAGUCCUAACACAUAAGGCUUGCAACCUUAGUUAGGGCUGCCCGCCGAGGGCCUAUUGGUCGAAGGCCAAUGAAUCAAUAGUAGUAGGAGAGUGAGUGUCUUCCAGACCUUUAUAUUAGUUCGUUUGUGAUUUCAUAUAUUAGUUUAUGUGAUUGGAUAUUAGUUAGGUUGUCAAGGAUAUUUGUUCGUUAAAGAGUGGAUAUUAUUUCUAGUGUGGAUGGAUGUUAGUCUGGGAGUCACGAAUAUUUGUUCGAGAAAGAACAUAUAUUUGUUAUGGGGUGAAUGGUUAUUUGUAUGGACGAUAUGGAUGUUUGUCUGAGGAUGAAGAUAACACCGAGAAAACCAUCCGAAAAUGAAGUUUUUUUUUGUCAUGGUAGGUCUGAUAUUAGUCUGUUUAUGAUUUCAGAUAUUAAUUUAAGUGGCUGGAUAUUAGUCAGGGUGUCAAUGAUAUUUGUUCGCCCAAGGAUGGAUAUUGUAUCUGGAAUGGAUGGAUGUUAGUCUGGGCGAAACCGAUAUUUGCUCGAUAAAGGACAUAUAUUUGUUUUGGGGUGAAUGGGUAUUUGUUCUAUAGAGGACGGAUAUUAGUUUUUGCCUGUUAUCUAACAAAAUAUUAGUUUUGCG